AUAUCCUGUCGUUGGCAAAGUUGUGUUACUUCUUUACGGGAACUCUUUGUUGUCAUUUUCUUGCCCCAAGAUUGACUGUCUUCACGAAUUUCUAGUCUCGAUAAAUUGUCACAUGCCGUUGAGUAGAACAUAAAGUGUUUAGCUCUUCGGAUGCUUUCAAGGUGAAUGGGGGUGCUGAGUCAUAAAUUGACAUGAGGUUUGAUUUACAGCAGCCUCGACUGGCGUGAUGGGAUCAAGCCUCUCUCGAUAGCUCCCGCACCCGGAGUCGAACUAACUCUGUAACUCGCGUGUUCACACAUAGCAGGAGUGGGAAGCGGAGUUCUAUCGAGAAGGAUCGCGCUUUGUCGUAGGCCUGCAUGUUUGGGGAAGGAGUGGGAAGGUGGGUGGAGAAAAUCUACGAGGACGACCGUCAGAAUGCUGAACUUGCCAGAACCUGGAUGCAAAUGCAAAUGACAGCUGCGGAGUAAUCAAGCACAAGAUUUUCUAUGAGGUCCGACAGUUCUGUCGUGCUGAACUUGAUCAAAGUGUAAGAAGAUGCAUUUCUCUCUUGCACUACUCUUGGACAUCUGGUCACAGUUUCAUGGUCAAAAGUUCACCUACAAUACUUCGGACUACAAGGCGCAUUCAGCAAGAUAAAAAAACCAUAACUCGCACAUGCACCGCGCUAUUUCCUGCGUUCCGGAAUCGCAGCUUCGGACUUCAACGAGAAUUCUUGGCAGUAUCAGGGUGAUACGUAGCUGGGUCCCCAACCCAACCCUCGACCUGCAAAUCGUCGAGCAUCCAAGGUUCGACACAAAAAGGUAGCAAGAACGCGCAGAAUCCGGAUUCGGUGACAAUCGCGCUCAGAGAUCGCAGACCACAUUCAUGGACGAGCUCGAUGCUUCUUUGAUGUCGGUUCUGGAGGGAAGAGUUUCGGCGCAGAAUCAAGAGAACGACGGAGGAGGACGAGAGAUGGCGAAGGAGCUGCGGGGCCGAGGAGGUUCUUGCGCCGAGGCCGGAGCGCGGGGAGAGGCGGCAACGGACGCGGACGCGAGGAGCGUGCGGAAGCGCAAACUGGCGGUGUUCGCGGCGGCGGGGGCCGUGGUCGCCAUCCAGACCGUGCUUGUGGCCGUGCCGGAGAUCUGGCAGCCGCUUGACGACGACGAGAGCGUGGAGCGCGCGGCGUACCAGGAGGGGCUGCACUCGUGGUUCGGCGCGCUGAACCGCGCGGCCUGGGUGCUCUCGGCCAGCAGCGGGGGCGGCGGCGGCGGCUGGUGGGUAAAGCCGCGCAGCGGCGUCUGGUUCAACACGUUCCUGAUGAACUCGCACGACGACGACCGCUGGCUCGAGGCGCUGCACAUGAGGCGCAGAACCUUCCUCUGGGUGGCCAACAGCCUGGAGGUCCACGUCCGCAAGCAGGACACCAAGUGGCGGCCCAGCAUCCCCGUCACGGUCCGCGUGGGCGCGACGAUCUACCGCCUGGUCAAGGGAGCGGACUACUACGAGGUCGCGGACAAGUUCGGCAUCGGGGAGUCGUCCGUGCAUGAGAUCAUCGGCGACUGCGUGCCGGCCAUCGUCAAGGUGUUCGGCCACCACGUCAGCUUCCCACGGACCGCCGCGGGCCUGGCGCGCGUGUCGCAGGGCUUCCAGCAGCUCUGCGGGCUGCCGAACUGCCACGGCGCGCUGGACAGCUGCCACGUCGAGAUCAUCAACCCCAGCGGGCCCGACGUCAAGCACUACUGCAACCGGACCGGCCACUUCUCCAUCGUCCUGCAGGCCGUCUGCGACACGUCCUUCGCCUUCCUCGACGUCUUCUGCGGCUUCCCCGGCAGCGCGUCGCACGCCAAGGUGCUGCACAACUCGGGCCUCCUGGAGCGCGCGUCGGCCGGGAACAUCGUCACGGCCGGCCCCGUGCUGCCCAUCAACGGCGGAUUCCAGCUCCGGCCGUAUUUCCUCGCCAGUGCCGAGUUCCCGUUAUGUCCGUGGUUGCUGCCUCCGUUCGAUCGAUGCGGCUGCUUCUUCUACUCCGACGCCGUCGCCCCUCCCUCGUCCCCGGCUCGCCUCUCCUACGCGCAGGAACAGUUUAACGCUCACCACGAGCGAGGGCGACAGCAUGCCACGCACGCCUUGUCCGUGCUGAAGGGCGUGUUUCGGGUUUUGGGGAAUGGCAUCCGAGGGCGACUCGAGCUGGCUCCCACCAUCGUCCAUGCGUGCUGUAUUUUGUACAACAUCAUGAUCCGGAGAAAAGACCUCGACGUGAAGAGCAUGGUGCUCGAGCUGUUACGGUCUCAGCAGCGGCCGGACGAGGAUGUUGGAAAUGGGCACACGCACUUGAUGCAGCACGUGGAACAUUUCGCGUCCCCAGAGACCUUGGAUGAUGCUUCUGGUCUGGAGGUGAGGAACCAGCUCGCCGAGUUCCUCGUUUGGGAUGGAUGAUUACGAAUGGCCGACUCGGUACUUGCGGAUCCAUGGCCCCGGUGAGUUUGUGUCGGUCCACGGCUUCGGCGAUUAAAAGCCCUAGCGUCACGCCGCUCUCAGAAAUCCACAACUGUCAGUCGAGUGAUUUUCUCUGUAGGCACUUCGAAGCAGCGAGGACGCAAUACUUCUAGUGCGAGUUCCUGUGUGGUGGGCGUCACUUCCUCCGGGCAGAAAUAUGAGACUCAAGCCUGCCCUCGGGCCAAUAGUACUUGACUUGAGAACUCUCCAUCACUGGUCCUGGCUCAGUCGACUGCGCUACGCAUGUUCCAUGUAUCUUAAACUAUCAUCCAUCGAUGCAAACGCCACCAAACACAGCUUUCCACAUCAAAGUUUGAUCUGACUAACUGUAGGGUUUCCAACGAAAGACUAACUAACUACAUUUUCUAGAUCAUUUUCUACAUCGAGGUGACCUCAUUAAAGACGUAAGCGAGAAAGGUCAUUCGGCCUUCCUCUUCAAUCGGAGAUUCAGACUACUAUAUAGAUGCACAGAAAAAUGAAAUUACAUAUUUCACAUGGACAUUGGUGCAAUUGUUCACCUGGGCCCGCGCCCUUGUACAAAAGAAAAUUCCAAACGAUUCCUGGAUUCUCCUACUUGUUGUAUGC